AGCAAAAAUCUGUCCCCGACCCAAAAUCCCCCAAAACCCUUCUCCCUCUUGCCGCCGCCAUGAAGCGGAAGCAGAGCGCCGCCGCCGCCGCCGCCGAAGUCGACGCCGACGAGCCCUCCCAGGCCCCGCUGCCCCUCGACGACUACUCGGGAGACGUCUGCGCCGCCCUCACCGCGCGCUACGGCCGCUCCGCCUCCGCGCAGCACCGCCACCUCCUCGCCACCGCCGCCGCCAUCGGCUCCAUCCUCACCGACGACGGGCACCCCCUCACCGCCGAGUCCUACCUCCCCGCCGUCGUCUCCGCGCUCCGGGCCGCCGGCCCCUCUGACCCCGCCGCCGCCGCCGCCCUCGCGUCCCUCCUCGUCAUCCUCAUCCCCCACAUCUCCUCCCUGCCGCCGGCCUCCGCCUCCGAGCCUGCCUCCUCGCUCGCCGCCUUCCUCGCCUCCCCUGACGCCUCCAAGCUCCCCACCGGCACGGUGCGCUCGGUGGUCAAGUCGCUCGGCCAGCUGGCCCUCCAUCUCGACGCCGCAGCCGAUUGGGGCGCUGUCGCUGCGCCUCUGGAGGCUCUCCUCGCUGCCUCUGUGGAUCAGCGGGCCAAGGUCCGAAGAUGCGCGCAGGAGAGCGUGGAGAAGCUAUUUUCUUACUUGGAGCGUUCCGGUUGUGCGAAGAAAGCUAGCAGUUCUGCAAUCGACUUGUUUGAGAAACACAUUUUGUCGGUGAGAAGUCUUGCCAAGUUGGAUUCAGACGCUUCCGAGGCUAAGGAGACGGAGGCAGUUCAUAUGCUAGGCGCGGUGGCAGUUUUAAUUCCAUAUCUAUCUAAGAAGGCAAGGAAGACGGUUUUCUCGGGUGCUUAUCGGCUAUUGAGACCCCGUUUUAGCCCACUAACAAGGCAUGUCCUCAGGCUUAUGGAGACCUUGUUGGAGCAUCUUAAGGCUGAGAAUAUUGAGUCGGAGUUGGAGAAGCUCAUCUCCUUAGUGUUGGCUUACCUGCCUUACGAUGAGAAGAAGCCUGAUGAUACCAUCACCGCAGCAUUACAGCUGAUGAGAAAUUGUUUAGGGAAACUGGUUGGUUGCCCAAAAUUGUGGACAAAGGUUCUUCCGUCUGCAUUCGAGGCAGCUUCAGGAUAUCUAAUUCUGGACAGUAAAUGUUCUGAAGAUGUAGCGGAACUGUUAAUACAGUGCAUCUAUUCUCAUGUCGACCAAAGUAUUUUUGUGACUAAGGAAUCAGGGUGUGAUGCUGAAGAUUCGAUCGAUGGGGCUGCCAUCAAAUCAAUCUGUUUGUCUAUCAAUAAAAAACUUAGAAAGUGUGCUUCUCCUCCUCAAAAUGUGUUAAAAAUUGUCUUGGCUAUGUUUCUCAAACUCGGGGAGAGUUCUUAUGUCUUUAUGAAAGAUAUCCUACUAACUUUGUCACGGCUUGGUUCGAAAAUACACAAAGAACCACACCUGAAGAAUGUUGAGGAGUGCAUUGGGGCAGCAAUAGUUGCUAUGGGGCCAGAUAAAAUUCAUUCUCUACUUCCACUAUCUUUUGAGGAGGCUUGGUUUACAUGCUCAAAUAUGUGGAUUGUACCCAUUUUAAACAAGUAUGUUUAUGGGGCCUCACUACAACACUUUUUAGAGUACAUUGUACCACUAGCAAAAUCUUUACGAGAGGCUUCAAGCAGGGCCAAAAAAGCACGGAAAUGUAAGGAAUUGCAAGGUUGGAGUGAUCAAUUGUGGAAUUUGCUUCCUGCCUUCUGCCGCUAUCCGUCUGAUGUAUAUCAGAAUUUUGGUUCCUUGUCCAAACUGCUGCUAGAGAUGCUGAAGUCUGAUCGGUGUCUCUACAAACCCGCUAGUAAAGGCCUGCAGCAACUUAUAGAUGGAACUAGAAGAUUAAGCAGCAGUGAUGAAGACGUAGAAGUCCCUGCAGAAGUUUCAGCCUUGUUCUCCUCAAAGACUAGUAACUUAAGCUGUGUAAGCUUACAACGGUGCUCUAAAAAAGAUGCUCGUAAAAGCAUGAAAGUCUUGGCAUCACAUUCUGUGGAUCUUCUUUGCACUUUUGCAGAUGAUUUCCUUGAAUCAUCAGAAAAGCGUGCUCAUUUAAAGGAUGCGCUGAGAUCCCUGGCUCAAAUUUCUGGCAGCGCAAACAUCUGUAACCUUUUUCUUUCACUACUUAAAAAAUGUGGUUUGGAAGAUACUCCAUCGACACCAGAGAAUCUAGAAUGUGAAGCAAAUGAGGUAGAUGGAAAAGGCGAAGAGAAUACUGAUUCAACAGUGGAGAUAAAUAAUAAGAGGUCACUUCUGAUGGAACUCAUUUCAACACUAGCUGAAGCUGCUGAUGAGGAUGUUCUUGAUUUGUUUUUUGGAUUCAUCAAAUCUUCUUUACUGGAUAGCAGCAAGUCAUGUGAGAGCAAAGCUCUCUUCGCAUUAAGCACAAUUUUGAAGGAACACCAUGAAUAUUCGUUAGCCCAGUUGGAUGAAAUAAUGAUGCUUCUUCAUGGAAUAAAGCCAGAUUCUAACAAUGCAGUUUUAGAAGGUCAAUUAGUAUGCUACAAGUAUCUGUUGGUUCACAUGAUUAAGGUUAAUGAAGAGAGCACAAGCAAGAAGGCAUUCUUGAUUCUAAAUGAGUUGAUACUUGCAUUGAAGUCUAAGAAGGAAAGUAGAAGACUAGCAUACGAUGUACUCCUGGCUAUUAGUACUAGCUUGAGGAAUUCUGAAUUGAAUAACGGAGAUUCAGAUCUUCAACGGCUAUUCACAAUGGUGAUGGGAUAUCUUUCUAGUCCGUCUCCUCACAUAGUGAGCGGAGCAAUAGCUGCAUUAUCAUUGCUUAUAUACACUGACGCUGACUUCUGCGUGGAAGUUCCAAAUUUGAUACCAUCAGUCCUAGUUCUGCUGCAAAAUAAAGCUAUUGAAGUAAUUAAGGCAUCUCUGGGGUUUGUUAAGGUGUUGGUAACAUCUUUGCAAUCAGAAAAACUGUUGGGUUUGCAAGCAGAUAUCAUGACUGGCAUAUUACCAAUGUCAUCUGUUACAAAGCACCAUUUCAAAGGGAAGGUUAUACUAAUAGUGGAAAUAUUGAUCAGAAAAUGUGGAUUUGAUGCUAUUGACUUAGUUACACCUGAAAAGUACAAGGAGAUUGUUAGAAGUGUUGAAGAGGGCCGCAAGGGGAAUAAUAAUAAUCCAGCAGAUGGUGCACAGUCUGAGGCAAAAGAUCCCGAGCAUCAUGCUCCAAAGAGAGGAAAAUGGGCCGAUUCUAAUGCGGAGCCUUUGCAAGACGAAGGAAAGAAGGAAUUCUUCGUCAAAGGGGCAGGGAAGCCUCACUUCCGGGGCGGUAGAGGUAGAGGCAGAGGCCAGCAGCACGGCAGAGCAUCAGGCGACAGAGGUAGUUUCAGAUCCAGAUCCGAAGCGCAAUCAGGAGACGGCCAGAGCAGCAGAGGCGGCAGGCCACGGGGUCGCGGCGGGUUCAACAGGACGCGAGGCCGCGGCGGUGGGAUGGGGCCGUCCAGCCACUCCCCUAGAUUCAAGAAGCCCAGAACCGCGGCGGCAUCGUGAGAGAUGAGAUGAAGCCGCUCGCCAUCGUCCUGAAGGCCAUGGAUUCUUUGCCUCCGGUGCUAAAAGAGUUUCUCAGACCUGCCAGACACCCCAUGGGGCAGUGUUCGGGCCAAGCUCCAUGGGGGUCGAGGUUUCUGAGCCCCGUUGCCAAGACCCGUGCAAAGUUAGGCAGAGUAGAUUGACAGCGCCGCUUUGUGCGGUGAAAUUUUUUGCCUGGUGUAAACUUGUGUAACGAACUGUAGGAUUUGAACGCCAAA